UUUUAUCGCAAAAAUAUACGACACAGAACUAUUUAAAUAUUGAUAAAACCGUGGAAAGGUGAUUAUUCUUUAAUUAGCGGCAAACAAGAUUAGCGCAGAAAUAAAAGCGAAGAGAACACUUGCGGAACGAAAGCAAAGUAAUUGUAUGCUAAAUAUCAGCAAAAGGGAGACUUGCGUGUCAGGGGUUGCGAAAAGUUGAUAUUCUUGGGGAAAGUUAGAGCAUAAUAAGAAGAAUGUGCGAGUCCAAAUGUUUUACACUGCUAAAGGAUCCAGGUUCCUACACACCAGACACCAUAGACUUGAAUCAGGAUAAAGAUGCGGCUUCUUAUUGGUUUCCUUGUUUUCGAAAUCUGAUAGAAAAAUUUGCCACACAAGCAGCAGAAAGUCAACGUCAAACCGAUGCAACAGCCAUCGAGCGUUCGGAAAAAUUUCGCAAAUCUUAUUUGGAAAAGUUGGAUGAGUACCAAAGAAACACAGAGGUUAAUGCGACUAACAACACUGUGCUCGGUGUACGUGAAUUGCUUGAAUUGAAUGAGACACAAUUGCGCCUAUUUGGCUUCGCAGAUCCGUGGCAACAACAAAAACAAUUAGAAAACACUGCAGCACUUGCAGCCUUGAAGAAGCGGCUCGAAGAGUUGGAUGCCAUUGAUGAUAAUGCAGCGCGUUGGACAGAACUGGUGCGUGGUGUGCUCGCUGGCAAUAUGUUCGAUUGGGGCGCUCAAGCUGUGACGAGUAUUUUGGAACAAGAUUCAAAAUUCGGUUUACAUGCAGCGCUAGAUCGUAUAGAGAAGCGGCCAUGGCUAAUCGACAACUUGGAUGCUUGGUUGCAACGUUUGCGUGGCAAUGCGCAUAAAUGUGCGCUCAUUUUCGUAGAUAAUAGUGGCGUAGAUGUAGUAUUGGGCAUGUUACCUUUUGUGCGCGCACUGUUGCAACGUGGCACCAAAGUGUUACUAUGUGCUAACACGGAACCCUCAUUGAAUGAUGUAACCAGCCGAGAGUUGUCCGAUUUGCUGGAUAAAUGCUGCAAAUAUUGCAACGUUUUGGCACAUGCAUGGCACGAUCAGCG